CUCAACCGUCUACUUCAUGUUAACCGUAUAUCGUAUUUACACAUCGCCUGGCCGCACUUCACCUUUUUGUUUUGCGUUGUGUUUCCUCUGUCCUGUGCGUAAUUAAAGACCUGAUCCCUAUUGAUUCUAUGACGUGCCUGCAUACCCAGCACUUCCGUUACGUCUCCGUGAAGUUAUCGCGUGUAAUACUCCGGGCUCAGGGCACCCGGCCUGCCGAUCGCUCCGCUUUGGAAUCCACAGAGAGCGUGCAAAUAUGGAGGACCACGAAUCCGAUAUGUUGCCUUCGGCAGUGACGUUCUUGGAUGACAAGCUAAUUUCACUCGACUAUAAAUGUCAGAGGGAGCAAAACAGAUCGCCGAUCGGCCAACGACAGUGGCUGUUAUUUACAAGUACGACAUCCUGUUGGAAACGAAGACCCUGAAAAGGAACCAAUUCAAAGCUGUCAGGACACAUCUCAGCUACACCAUGCUUUGCGAGAACGGGAACGUUUUGGAGAAGUUAUGCUACAGUGGACAACGAUGUCAAAAGAUUCCCGAAGCUCUCGUGAAGCUGUACGGUCCUAAAGUACAAUGUUUAGAUCUCAGCUAUAACGAGAUCGUCACCUUAAGAGGAUUAGAUGGCUUUCCAGUACUGAAAGAACUAGUAUUGGAUAACAAUCAACUGUCCGAUACGAUUUCGUUCCCGUACCUACCUACGUUACAGACGUUGUCACUCAACAAAAACAAGAUCUUAGAUAUCCAAUCACUCCUAUUGAAGAUCAGACAGAACCUUCCAAACUUGAGCUACUUAAGUUUACUAGGUAACAAGGCAUGUCCUAACGAAUUGUCUGGUGAAGAAAAUGAUGAAGAGGACUAUCAAAGAUAUAGGUAUUACGUAUUAUACCAUCUUCCCAACCUCAAAUUUCUGGACUCAACCAAAGUCAGGGAAGUAGAAAGAUCGGAGGCAAGAAGACGAGGUAAAUUCAUGAACGUGAUAAGGCCAAGAGGUGACGGUAUGGACGAAAUAAGAUUGAAUUCAGAUAGUACAGGUGGUUUUACCCCGCUUCCUAAGUCAAUGAGGGGUCCAGAGGAUCAUAAAAGUGCUUACGGAAAAUGUCUCUACAAGUACAGUGGUAAGAAUUCGGAAGGCAACCGUUUCAUUUGUAAUAGUGAUUUGUAACAUAAGUGUCUAUUUUUAUACAAUAUAUGAUGUGAUUUGUGUUUGUCCUAACCUCCUCCUUUCUUAAUUACAUGCAUUCCUAAGCAAUGUACUGGGAGUUACGUAUUGAUAGGCCAUAAUUAUGCGCCGUUGUAAUUACAAGAGCCCAUUCCUGAACCAAAUCGGUAUAGAAAAGUUUAUAUAAACGUGUUUCCUAUUUAGUCUGGUUUCCAAGAUACAAGGUGACAAAGUUUUAAAAAAAAAAUUUUAACCAAUAACUUAAAGG